UUAGGAUGAUCGAGGCUAUAUGCCAAUCGAUAAUACAUCGAUAAGACAUCGAUGGGCAUAUAGCAGUUAUGACCACGAGACCGAGACGAGACCGAUAAGACAUCGAUGGACAUAUAGCAGUUAUGACCACGAGACCGAGACGAGACCGAUAAGACAUCGAUGGGCAUAUAGCAGUUAUGACCACGAGACCGAGACGAGACCGAUAAAACAUCGAUGGGCAUAUAGCAGUUAUGCCCACGAGACCGAGACGAGACCGAUAAGACAUCGACGGGCAUAUAGCAGUUAUGCCCACGAGACCGAGACGAGACCGAUAAGACAUCGAUGGGCAUACACCAGUUAUGCCCACGAGACCAAGACGAGACCGAUAAGACAUCGAUGGGCAUAUAGCAGUUAUGCCCACGAGACCGAGACGAGACCGAUAAGACAUCGAUGGGCAUACACCAGUUAUGCCCACGAGACCAAGACGAGACCGAUAAGACAUCGAUGGGCAUAUAGCAGUUAUGCCCACGAGACCAAGACGAGACCGAAUACAACAUUAUAGAUAUCCAGGGUGUUAAUUAUGGUACAUUAUAUUACUAUAUGCAUUAUGUCAUGUUAUUACUAAAA